GGCGGGAGCAGUAGGAGAAGGAGGUGGUGGUGAGUGCGAGAGGCGGAGGCGCUUCCUUCCUGCCUCACUCGUGGCUGUUAGACUCCCCAGGCGAAGUUCGCGUUUUUCUCCCGAGGUGUUCUCAGGGAUGAGUCAACUGGGUGCCAUAGCAGCUCUAGCUGCCAGCUUGGUGGCUGCUUCUCUCUUUUCUGCAAUACACAAGAUCGAAGAAGGGCACAUUGGCGUUUACUACCGAGGAGGAGCUCUCUUGACGUCCACCAGUGGGCCUGGCUUCCACCUCAUGCUCCCCUUCAUCACCUCUUAUAAAUCAGUGCAGACAACAUUGCAAACAGAUGAAGUGAAGAAUGUUCCAUGUGGUACUAGUGGGGGAGUAAUGAUCUAUUUUGACAGAAUUGAAGUGGUGAAUUUCCUGAUCCAAAGUGCUGUAUAUGAUAUAGUGAAGAACUACACUGCAGACUAUGACAAAGCCCUCAUCUUCAACAAGAUUCACCACGAACUCAAUCAGUUCUGCAGCGUUCACACUCUCCAGGAGGUCUAUAUCGAGUUAUUCGAUCAGAUUGAUGAAAAUCUGAAGUUGGCUCUCCAGCAGGAUCUGACAACCAUGGCACCUGGCCUCAUCAUUCAAGCAGUGCGAGUCACUAAGCCAAAUAUCCCUGAAUCGAUUCGGAAAAAUUAUGAACUUAUGGAAAGCGAGAAAACAAAGCUGUUGAUCUCAGCUCAGAAGCAGAAGGUGGUGGAGAAGGAGGCAGAAACGGAGCGCAAGAAGGCUAUCAUUGAGGCUGAAAAAAUUGCACAGGUGGCUGAGAUCACAUAUGGGCAAAAGGUGAUGGAAAAAGAAACCGAGAAGCGCAUCUCUGAGAUUGAAGAUGCUGCUUUUCUUGCCAGAGAGAGGGCAAGAGCUGAUGCUGAAUGUUACACUGCCAUGAAGGUAGCAGAGGCCAACAGGCUGAAACUGACCCCAGAAUACCUGCAGCUGAUGAAAUACAAGGCUGUCGCCUCCAACAGCAAGAUCUAUUUCGGCAAAGACAUUCCCAACAUGUUCAUGGACCACUCCGGGACCCCCUCCAAACCUUCUGAAAAGCAGUCCGAAGAACUGAGGGACGAAAACUGGCUCGGAGCGGGAGACAAUCUGUGAGUCCAAAGCCGGCCAAAAGGAAAAGCUUGGCCUCAGUUUGACUGGACGUCGCAGACUCUUUGACAGUCUCCUUGGUGUGAUUUCUCGGUCUUUUGGGGAUGCUGGAGAGAACAAGCAGGCAAAACCUUCUUUGUCCUCCGGAGGCUGGCUGGUAGUGCACAAAAGGGUUUGACUUCCCCUGGGAUUUCCAAAAUUCUUCUUUCUCAGCAGUCAGAUUCACUGUUGUGUUUCUCCUCAUGCAGGCUGAGAAGGUGACCCCGUAGGCCACUUGAGGGUCUUCAGUGUUCCUCUUCUUUGGUUGUCUCUGCAGUCUGCUUCAAUCAAAUGAGCACCUUCGGUUUCAUUUGGGGGGGGGGGUGUUUCAGGGGGAGGGUUAGGGUUUUGGAGCUGGAGAAACCAUCCCUAGUCGCCAGCUAUGGUGUCCCUUUGCAUGCCACAGACGUGGUCCCAAUAGGCAGGUAAUUAUGUUUCUGGUAAGUUCAGGCAUUUUCUAUCUCUGCUUGACUGGGCUGAGAGGGCUUUGCAGCUCAUUUUGUACCAUUUAUGCACCAGACUGUAAGCUUAACAGUCAGGUGCUAUUCUUUGAAUGAUCUGAAUGAUUGAACACUUGAAUUUCGCCUGUAGUGUAUGUUGCCGACGUACACACCCAUCUCCCGGAAGGUGCUAUGUGUCGAAUUUAAAACACAGCUACACUACAAAGUCCAGACUUGGCACAGAAGCUCCUAGCAUUAAAUUGCCACACACUAAGAGCUCGUCCAAAUGGUGCUUAUUUUCAGAUGCAUCCAUGUAGUGUGUCUGAAGUCCAAAGGCUUUCUGUCCGCUUCCAAUUUCCACCUCCUUCUCCUAGCACGCACAACCAAUGAGGGACAAUUGCAAAAAUCAGCUUCAAGGGCAGAGACCAUUGCCUCUAACAUAAUGAUUUUCGUCUCUAAAGGUGGGGGGGCUGCCAUUUUUUUCCAAGAAUAGAAAUUCUGCAUUGGGACACAUAAAUCUGCAUACCUAGGAAGCUGGAUGUGCCCUUUGAGGCUCACCACGCAUUGCAUGUAUCCUGGGUUGUCCUGGGUUGCUUUUCUUUCAAGAUGGAGGCUGCCUGAUUUUUACCCUCCCAAGCAAAAUUCAUCGCAUUAGUUGUUCACAGUGGUUUGGCUGGUAACUUGACAACAACAUGCUCCUUUUGAAAAAAGCAAUCAGCUAGCAAAAUCUUGGAGACCCAGUUAGGACCAUUGUUAGCCACAUACAUAGCUGGCAUGCCAUAAGUUGUCCUUGCAUCCUCUAGGUAAUCAACCAGCAAUCAAAUCCUGUGUUUCUUCCAUCCCACGAAGGUCAACGAAAGCUAGCUUAUUGCAGUGUUGGGGUCUCAGAUUCUGCUUUUUUACAAAAGUUGCAGUGCUUUCCACCCAUUCUGAGAUAGUUUUGAUUUCUAUGGGGUGACUUUUUGAAGCGGUCCUUGAGCAGUGUCUUUGAAAGGAAACCUUUUGGACUGAUCAGGAUGCUUUUCUGGGAGCAGUCCUGUCAACAGGAUUCAAAUCACGGCGUCAUUUUCAUGUCUAUUUCAUCAGUAGUAAAAACAUCUCGUGUGACACCCUUGUUGGACUGGCAGUUCUAAGCUGCAUACUCUGGGAUUACCGUCAUUGGUAGAGUCUGCUUUUCAAUUAGUUAUUUUUAAAUUGGUGGACCUGGAGAUUUAGAAGCCUUCUCUGUAUCUCCAACUACCUUAUGUCAACCUGUGAUUUGAGCAAAUUCUGUGUCAUACAGUCGAUAUAGCUCUCCCAUGUUAAAUGCAUGCAUUUGGUAGACUUCAUCUCCAAUCCUCAGAACAUUUGAACACAGGUACUUUCAGGUGAAGACCCGUUGAAGCAAACAGACAUAGCCUUGGUCAUCCUUACUAAAGAGUUACACAGUUGGCUUGGCUUUAGCCAAGUGCUUCAUUCUUGUGGCAUUCCUCAAGUGGCUGACAGUGUUGGAAUUGGGGUGGGUAGUGGUGGUGGUUCGCAGUUUUCCCUGUCAGCAACCUGAGUGCAAGCUUUUAAAUUAUGGACAUAUUAAUUGUAUGAUGCAGCUUUUGGCAUUAAUGACAAUGGUCAUCGUCUCUUACUGCUUAAACAGUGCUGAAAUGCCAAGGAGCCAUAAACAGUUUAAGGUUUUAAGUUUCUGUCAUUUCAAACUGUGGCCUAAUUGGUCUGCCAUCUGGAAAGAGCUACAAAAGACAGGCAUCACCUGACUUGAGUCUGUUGCUUUCUCUUUUGCUGAUUGGUGGGACUUCAGCAUCAGUUUUCUACAUUGUUGUUGGUUUAAACCACAUUCUGUAGCUGCUUUAAAUUCAUGCAAAGUAAGUGACAUUUUUCCCCUUAAUUUUUGCUCAAGUGAAGGGUUAUAUUGGUUUGCAGGACCCUUUGGUUUGAAGAUCUGAACUCUUUUCUAGCGUGGUUGCCACAUCUUCUGGGCAAAGGAAUUCUCACAGGUGGCUGGCUCUUCAGUCAUUCAGCCAAUCUGAUAGGAGGUGACGGUAACAUGCACUCCCCCCUACAGUGCUUUGCGGAGUGUGAGGGCACUGGUUGUGCUACCUUUGCCAAAGUUUUCCAUCUUGCCAUUUUGUAAAGGCCCAAGUUUGGCAGAAAAUGGCCACAGGCAGGAUGCAUCUUUGUAACAUGGAACUUUGCGGGGGGGAGCGGGGGGAGACCUGCUUGAAAAUGUCCCAGAAACUUUUCCAGAUGUAGAAAUCAAUUUAUUACAAAGCUGCAUCUCUUCAAUAACUUUUUUUUUUGGUUUGGUAUUCACAAUUCAAGUGGGACAUGCCAAAUUCCUCCAAAGUUAAAUCAAAUCAUGGAUUGACGAUGCUUGCCACUUUAAGAAUGAAUGUAGAUGUCUGUCAGUAUGCCAUGAACAAAUCAUACGUGACUAAGUCCAAGAAUCCCUCGUUUUGCAGCUGAGGUACAGUUCUUUAUCCUUUAGUAUUAGAACUUGGACCACACUGUUUGACUGAAUGCUUAAUUUUUAAAAAAAAAAUCCUUGCUCCUAGAAAACUAGCAAGUCAGAGGAAAUACCAGUCUAGAAUGGAGAAAUAUUCAGUCAAGUUCCCACCUGCACCAUAAAGGGAUAUAGCCUAGAUACAAGUUUGCCAUAAUGACCCAGUUAUGUAUGAAGUUCAAAUGAAGUUCAUACACAACAGAGUGAAUGAGAAGGAAAACCAUAUUGGUAUAGCACAGCCAUUUCUAAGCAAAUAGAAGAUUGUUUUCCUUUGCUAUUGAGAAGUAUGAACCUUGUUGAGUAAUAAUAUUGCUGUGGACAAUUAGCUUCACGUCCCUUGAGGUGUGUGUAUUAAGAGCUGCCACGAGGCAUUGCGGAGUGCAUGGUAAACAGCACGCACCUCUUCAGAGAAAUCUCAUUGAAAAUUUUGCAGGGUCAGUGGCUUGAGGAUUGGAAUGGUAUGAUUUUUCUGGUAUAAGUUGGCACAGGAAUACUUUUAAUAACUCCAUAUGAUUUCAGAUCUUCAUUCCUUACAAAAAUAAGAAGGCACUCCCAAUAACAUAAGAGAAUGCCAUUUUUGACUGAAUUGGAGUUUGAUCCAGUUGUCAGGAUGUCGCCUAGCCUUUAUGCCUGUGUAUGUGAAUCUUCAGUGAACAUUUCCUUCUUAAAUCUAAUCUGAUAUGAAGUGGGUACACAUUAAUUUCUUCUGUGAAACAACCCCAAAGGCAUAGAGAUGGGUUUGAAAAGGCGACAGUAACCAUAUAUCUCUUAUAUCUUUGUAUAGACAGAGGAUGUACUUGUGUGCUGAAUUAAUGUAUAUGUGGGAGGGGUUGGUAUGCAAGAAGAGACUUGGAUCUAUUUUGCUUUGCUUCCCUACCUAGUCUUCAUCUGCUAGGCAAGACCCAUUGCCUAGCAGCAAAAUGCAAGAGGGUGUUAGCAUAGCCACACAUUUGGUCAUCUGGGAACAAGGCAUCAAAUGCUAAGUAGGCCUUUGGGAUCUUAUCAGAACAUUCAUAUUUCUCUUGUGACCUUCCUCUCCCCUUCCUGCGUAGUUUUUUUUUCUCUAGAUGUUUCAUUCAUAUCUAUCAAAACACAUCAGUAGUUGUCUGACUGCACUUCAUUGGUACGAAACGUUCUUGGCCUGGAAUGAAAAGUCUGGCAUAAUUUAAGCACUAAAAAUUGCUCUAUAGCUAUCGAUUGUGUCUUCUUUCUGAACUUUUUACUCUGACUUCCAUACUGUAGAUUGAUGUCUAAUACUGCAAUAGAAGAAGCCACUUUUCACACCAAGAUUAUGCAUGUACAAAAAACGUGAAAUGUCCUGGGAAAACAUUUAAACUUGGAGAUUGUGGGAUGUUGCUUAAUAGUGGGUAUUUCUUACUUAAAGCUUUUUUCUACUAGCCGAAACUAAAUUCCAGCAAGCCAAAAUGGGUUUUUUAAUUAAAGUUUGUUAAACUGAACUUAAACCACUGUUCAAUGAGAGGCAGCGAAUAAUAAUGUGAAAAAAUAUUGGCCUAUGUGGGUUCUGGAGAAAACUAAAUAUUGUCCGACCUGUUAGGUACUGAGAAUGCAGAAUUUUUAUAAAGCCGAGCAUUCUAGCAUGACCACUGCUUUAUUAAGAAGAGGAAUCCUUCUACUUAGAGCUAACAGUGGGGUUCUGGGUAGUUCUUUAUAAUUCUUUGUGUAUAUCCAUUAAUUAUGUUUGAACAAAACACUGAAUUCCCUGCCCCCCUUUUUUUGUAUGCGAGUUUUUCUAAGAAAAAUUGAAUGAAUGUCAGUGAGAAUCGAUCCAGCAAAUACGCUGCUAUGUACUGAUCUUUGGAUUGUUCCUUUUUUGUUAAACUGUAGUAUCUGAUUAAACCACCCUAUCAGUUUUGAUUAUUUAUUGUAAUGACCGAAUAAAACGUUCUACACUUUUUAGUACCAACA